AUAAUCAUGAGAUGGCAUCUCUGAAAUCUACACGUUUACGUUAUAACGUAAAGGCAUACGUGAGUUAAUUAAGCAGCUGUUUUUCUUAUACGUGUCACAGAAAAGUUGUUUUCAUUAUUAAAACGAGUGUUGCAGCAUUUUUCCUAACUGAUCAACAAAAACGAACAAAUAAAAUGGUAGAUGAGUGUACAAAGAAAACUCUUAGUUCCAUACCUUUAUUGCAAACCAGAGCAGGGCCUAGAGAGAAGGAUGUUUGGGUACAAAGAUUGAAAGAGGAAUACCAGUCGCUAAUCAAAUAUGUACAAAAUAAUAAAGAAUCUGGUACAGAUUGGUUUCGACUAGAAUCAAACAAAGAAGGCACCAAAUGGUUCGGAAAAUGCUGGUACAUGCACAAUCUACUGAAAUAUGAGUUUGAUGUGGAAUUCGAUAUACCAGUGACGUAUCCAGCAACUGCACCAGAAAUAGCAUUACCAGAGCUUGAUGGAAAAACAGCGAAAAUGUAUCGUGGUGGAAAAAUUUGUUUGACAGAUCAUUUUAAGCCUUUGUGGGCGAGAAAUGUACCGAAAUUUGGAAUCGCUCAUGCAAUGGCACUUGGUUUGGCACCAUGGCUUGCGGUGGAAAUACCCGAUCUAAUAGAGAAAGGCAUCAUAACGUAUAAGGAUAAAUAAUGAUAAAAAUCAGUUUUAUAUUCCAAAGCAGAAACCAAUUUUUUUUUAUAAAAUAAUGAAAAUUUUUAUUUCGUCAAAAAUGCAAUUGCUUAAAAAACAUUAACUUAAUUUUACAGUUUCGAUAAAUCAAAUAAGCUUCAGUGCUUUUGUUGUUACAUUAUUUUAAAUUGCAUGUAAAUAUUAUUAAUGAAAUAAAUAAAAUGAACAAAAAUCUCCCAAAUAA